AUGGAGCCCACGGCUACGGGACGGACUGAGAAAAGCUUCAGCUACGUUGUCAGAGUGCCCAGCAGUGAUGGGCUUGACAUAAUGAACGUUGAUGUGAAGAUCGACACUUGCUGGGUAUUUCAGGACUCAGAGGACAGUGGUGAGGAGCGGGGCCGUCCUGCGGACGAAGCAGCCGGAAGCCCAGAAGUGGAUACGGGCGCGCUCAGGAAGCAGCUGGAAUCCUCCAAGCGAAAGCUCUUGGCAACUGUGGACAAGUCCGUGAUGUCCAAGGCCAGGCUGAGGAGCAGAACCCAGGAGCUGGAGCUCUCAGGAAGACACCUCCUCCGGACGGUGGCGCCGCUGAGCGCCCACGUGGCACAGGAAAGGAGCGCCGCUGCCCAAGCCCAGGAGAAGCUGCAAGCCUUGCUGGGGGAGCUGGCCAGCCAGGUACCAUAGAGAGAGAUGGUGGAGGCACGGCGACAAGAGCGCGCGGCCCGGCGGCUGCGGGAGCGGCUGCGGCGCAAGGACGAGGCGCUGGGGCGGCAGGCGGCGGCCCUGGAGCGGGGCCGGCGGACCCAGCGGCUCCAGCUGGGCCUGUUGCGCGAGCAGGAGCGCGGCCUGCGGCAGCAAGUGCAGCGGCUGGAGCGGGACGUGCGGCGCCUCUGUCGCGCGGCUGGCCUCCUGUUGGCUGAGCUGGACGCCCCGGCCCCGGGCAGCCCCCGCCCCCGCCCCCUCGGCACGGCCGGCCUCCGGGGCGACCCCGGGGAGGCCGCGGAGCUGCGCGCCCUGCAGACGCGGGCGGAGCGUGGCGAGCGCGAGCGGGACGAGGCGGAGCGCCGGCUUCGGGAGCAGCGCGCCACCGAGCGCCGGCUCCGCGGGCAGCUGGAGGAUCUGCGCUGCUGCGUCUAUGAGCUCAAGCUGUCGGAGAUCGGCCUGCAGGGCCAGGUGGAGGACCUCGCCCAGCAAAACCAGAGCCUGCGCGAGGCGCUGGGGGCCCAGGCCCUGGGGGAGAGAGCGCGCAGUGCCGCCGCUGCUGGUCCCUGCAGCCCGGUGGUGGUGAUCCUUAGGCCGCCUCUGGGGCUUGAGCGCCUUGAGUCAGUGAGAAGCCAGCCCUCUGGGGGCCGCUGCUCCUGGGGAUGCGUCGGGACUGGACAAGGACCCUCUGUUUUGGUGCCAGGUCUGGAGACCACGGAUGAGUCCCCGGAAGACGUCACAGGAUCUGACUGUGGACCGCCGACUCCUGCUGAGCCUAGCUUGGAUGAACAGGCUCUCCUUCUCCUCUGUGGCUGCCCCCCGGGGCAGUACAGAGAUGGCUCACCCCUCCCCGUGGAGCUGGCCUGGAUUUUGGGGCAGAGGCUAGCAGCUGCCCAGGCCCAGGGGUCCUUUCUCCUGGUGCAGACGUCCACACUCCCUCCCUGGGGGCCAGCCAGAGACCCCUCUUCCCUGCUGCCGCUGCUCCAGGAGGCUUCUCCGCAAGAAUCCCAAAUGCAACAGGUGCUGGAUGCCCGAGCCAUAGGACAGCCGCGUCGGGAUCAUCACUGGGCAAGGAGCCCCAAAGCCUCCCUCUGCCAGGAGUCCCCAGAGACUUCAAGUCGGCAAUUUCCCAGGAGAGGGCCCAGAGAUCUGAAAGACCCUUGGAAAGACGGAGGAGGACCAGAGUGGAGAAUGGAAGAGCAGGGGGCGAGGCAGGCCUGGGGCAGGAAGGAGGAAGACGUCCACCGAGACGGGAGCAAGCUAAGUCAGGAAAGCCGAGUGAACCUGAACUUGCGGGGUGGCGUGCGCAUCGAGAACGGGGCUUUAGAAACCCAGGCCUCUGCCUCCUGCCCUUGGCCCAGGCCAAAUCUCCCACUGCCUCUUCUACAGGAGGUCUCAGUGUCAACGGAGGGGCCCAAACCCCUGAGUAGGAGGGGGAGUGUGGGAGGGCUUUCAUCAGAGGAGGAGGAAGAGCACCCCACAGCCAGGGCCCGGGGUGCCCAGAGGCUGUCUCCAGCCGGCGCUCAGCUCCUUGCAGGGCAGGGCACGGAGGAAACUCUUGUGUGGGCUGGAAAGGCUCUGCAUCUGCAAGAGGAAAGCCCUGGGGACGAAGGGCAAGAGAAGGAGGAAGAGGCAUCGCCUCUAGAAGGGUCCAGUCUGGGCCAUGGGGAUGUCCCGGAGGAGCCUGGCCCCGUGGAACAUGCUGGCCAGGAUAUGUUCUUCUUAGUGGCAGAGGGAGGUCUGACACCGGCUCCCGGAUUGGCCUUUUCACCCAAGGGGACUGAAUCCACCAGUAACCCAUGGGCUCUGAGCAAAGAACCUGGCAGUUCUGAGCUCAGACUAGACGAAUUUGAAAAGGAGAUGGAAGCUUGUUUCCAGCAACUCUCCAUCCUGGAGCUUGAGGGUGGGGGGCGGUGGCCGCAAGCUUCCACACUAGCGGGAGAGAGCAGGAACUUGCCUUGGAAAUGGCCCCGCUGCCAGGGGAAGGCUUACUCCCGGCAGGCUUUGGGAAACCAGGGCUUGGAUAUUUGUUUGGCCAGGGAAGUCAAACCCAGGGAGGUUAGUGAAGAGAUUAGACCAGGAGAGACGGAGGCCUUGGGAGCCAGCGCGGUUCUUCCUGGGACGGUGCCUGAUUUGGAUGACGUGAGUCCGCGUCCAGAGGGGCCUGCUGAGCUGGGUCGGAAAUGGCCACCGAGAGCCCUUGAAAGGCAGAAGAGAAGGUUCCAGCAGCUCAUUUCUGGACUGAAAAAAGAGAGAGGCCAGGUUUUACAUGACAACGCCAAGCUUCGGGGCGACCGAGAGAGAUGCCGUAGAAAACUGCGCAUCCUCGAAAAAGAGAGGGACAGAAAUGGGACAAAGAUCGCCAUGCUUGAACAGGAAAACAGCACACUGUUAGGGGACAUCUCUCACUUAAAGGGGGAGCUGGACCAAUGCUGGCAGGUCAUUUCCGACCUUGAAGACUGCAAUGGGAAAAGUUAUGGCAAAAUUUCUGAGCUCGAACAGGAGAAUGAGAAGCUGAAAAGUCACAUGGCCCAGCUUCAUAAAGCCACAUGGGAGAGCCUCAGAAAAUCCAAAGGUGUGAUGGAGCGCGUCACCCUGGGAAACCAGGAGCUCAAGGCACUGAUCUCGGAGCUCAGGGUCGGUUACAAGGAGCUGAUGAAGGGCGUAGUGCUGGGAAUAGAAGACACGGUCCGGGCCUUCAGGGGGGAGAAUGCCCACCUUCUGCACAGGAUCCGCGUCCUGGAGAUGGAAGUUGCGGUGGGGGCGAGCACCGCGGUGGGCCACGUGGUGAGAGCAGAGGAGGGUCUGCAGGGGGAAAGCAAGAUGCAGGGGGACAAGGGGAACGUUGUGGAAAGGGGGGUGCAGGUGACUCGGCUCUCAGGGCAACUGACCCCAAGAGCCCACGGGCUGCCCUUGGAGGAGAAAUCGGGUCCAGCUGACAGGUGGAUGGGGCCUUCCUUAGUCAUGGAGAAUUCCAGAUACGAUGUCAAUUCUGGCGCUCCGUCCUUGGUCCGGGGAGGUGCCAAAGUGUCCAGUGCCCCUCAAGGACACAUCAAUGGAGCAGGAGUAAAAGAAGCACAUUUGGAAGAGGAGGAGGAAAGACCAGGGUGUUCUGUGGGCCCAGGGCAAGCUCCGACCACCCCAAGCAAUGGUCCCCAGCUGCGGGACCCAGAGGCGGACCCCCCCAUGGAGGACCUGAGGCUGCGCAUGGGGCAGCUCCAGCACCGGGUGCUGACCCUGCAGUGCCAACUCAGAGACCAGGCGUCUGCCCACUUCCAGCUGCAGGUGGCACUCGGGGAAGCCGCCCACCUUCGGGACCAGCUUCAGGGUGAGCUUAAUGAGCUUCAGAAAAAGCAACACCUGGCUGAAUCUCUGCUCCCACACCUUCAGGCCGAGCUGGCUUCCCUGGUCCAGAAGUGCCAGGAGAGGAACCAUCUGACCACGUACCUACUGUAGGAGCUGUGCAGACACGGGGUGGAGGAUCGGCUGCUCUCUGAGAUGGCGCAGAGCAUGGGGGAUGACGUGGUGCUGGCCGAGUACACGGCCACCUUCCUGGCCCUGGGGCUCCCAGAGACCAGCCACCAUCUGGAUGUCGAGUCUGAGAAGGCAGCUGUUGUAAGAGCUCAGAAAUACCUCCUGAAUCCCAAAAUGGACAGUAUCAUCAUCCAAAGACCUUUGCAUUCAGAGUCCUGGCCUGUUCUCGAGGCUGAAUGGCCAGCACAGACAGCUCGACUAGAUUCUCUGAAGCUUCCCCUGCCCUCGGGGCGGACGCCUGCUCCUGGAGUGUGCCUGGCUGCAGCUGCCUCAGAACCAGCACUCCCCGCACAGCGCCUGCAAGAAGAAGGUGGACCGUCCGGUCCCGUCCCCCGAGCUGAUGGCCUCCCGCCACCCUCUGAGCUCCUGAGUCCUGCUAGGAUCCUGGCUUUCCACAAAGAGCUUCGACAAAGCAUUUGCAGCAAUUCCCAGGUCAAUAAAUCACCACUGGAGUUAUAA